AUGGCGACUCAAACUGGCCAGCCUGUUUACCGGGCCACUACGACCGCUCCUGUGAACAUUGCUGUUAUCAAGUACUGGGGCAAGCGUGAUGUUACUCUUAAUCUCCCUACGAACUCUUCUCUAUCAGUCACCCUUUCCCAGCGCUCCCUGCGCACCCUGACCACUGCCUCCUGCUCUGCCAAUUACCCCGCUGAGGAUACUUUGAACCUGAAUGGCAAGCCGCAAGAGAUCCAGUCAUCCAAGCGGACUCUCGCCUGUCUCUCGAAUCUGCGUGCUCUGCGCAAGUCUCUAGAGGAUGCUGAUGCUUCGCUGCCGAAGCUCUCCACCCUUCCCCUCCGAAUCGUCUCUGAGAACAACUUCCCCACCGCUGCCGGUCUUGCCAGUUCCGCUGCAGGAUUUGCUGCUCUGGUUCGCGCUGUUGCAAACCUCUACCAACUUCCCCAGUCUCCCCGCGAGCUGAGCCGAAUUGCCCGUCAAGGCUCUGGUUCCGCCUGUCGGUCGCUUAUGGGUGGCUAUGUCGCCUGGCGCACUGGUGAGCUGGCCGACGGCAGCGAUAGCUUGGCUGAGGAGGUCGCCCCUGCUUCUCACUGGCCUGAGAUGCGUGCUCUUAUUCUGGUCGUCAGCGCAGAGAAGAAAGAUGUCCCUAGCACCGAGGGAAUGCAGACCACCGUUGCUACUUCAGACCUCUUUGCCACUCGGGCCCAGUCCGUUGUUCCCGAGCGUAUGAAUGCUAUUGAGGCUGCUAUCCGUGACCGUGACUUCCCUAAGUUUGCCGAGAUCACCAUGCGCGACUCCAACACCUUCCACGCUACCUGCCUGGACUCAUGGCCCCCAAUCUUUUACAUGAAUGAUGUCUCUCGUGCUGCUGUGCGCCUUGUGCAUGACAUCAACCGUGCUGUUGGUCGCACAGUCUGUGCCUAUACUUUCGACGCCGGUCCAAAUGCUGUGAUCUACUACGAAGAUAAGGAUUCAGAGCUUGUUGCGGGCACUGUCAAGGCCAUCUUGGGCAGCAACACUACUGGGUGGGAGGGCCACUUCUACGAGAACCUGGCCAACGUCACUGCUCCCGGAGUCUCUCUUGAUAACAUUGAUACACGUGUGCUGGAUGUUCUCAAGGAUGGUGUCAGCCGUGUCAUUUUGACUGGUGUUGGCGAGGGCCCUGUCUCCGUUGAGGACCAUCUUGUGAGCGAGACUGGCGACAUGGUCAAUGCAUAG